CGCGUUUGGCGCAUAUACUAUGCCAGGACCCUCCAAUCUGAAUAAGAAGAAAAAGAAGCAAGGAAAACAAAAGGUCCUAUCUUCCAAGAAUCCUCUGGGAACUCAAAACUCUCAUGCAAAGGCGUCGCAUGAACAAGACGAGAACACCGUUCCAGCCACGGUGCAGUGUGUGCAGUCUAACAUUGACGAAGGAAAGCCAAAUAAGCCGCCUACUGAGCUCAGAUCUCCGCUCUCCUCUCAGCAGCGGCUCAAUACCUUCGAUGACCAAAACAGCGUCGGGCUCAUACCGCCUCCUCCCUAUAUCUAUGAUCCCGGUAACGGACCACGCGUCCGCGAUACACGCGGCUUUCUCUCUUCCUUCUUUGCCCAACCCCCAGCCCUCAGUGAUCCUCUUUGCGCUGAGUUCGCUCAGGAAGAAGUCUUGCAAAUGCUGCACACAGUCCUUCCAGAGGAGACCGCCUUGAUACUAUGGUAUAAUAAGAGCCGGACCAAAGGGCGCAUAUGCCCCUCGUGUCGGAGACUUUACUGCUUGGGAGAUAUUCUACCUGAUCUUAUUGGAGAAGACCAAGCAAGCCGGCCUUCAGAGCCACGUUCCCCAUACCUCUUGCGUGAGCAAACCAUAAGCGGCUUGUGUUCCCCGAUGUGUUUUAUACUCGCAUCAUUCAACUAUCCCGGCGCUAUCAAAACAACAUGGGGUCGUGUUGCGGAAGAAAUGGAUGAAACAACAUGGAAUCUGCUAAAUGGGCCGGGCGAGGGGCACGGGGAUAUGGGUCUCGGAAUGCUCCUCAAGAUGACACGUUUAGAUGAUCUGGGACUGGGGCAACUAUGUCUUCCGGAUGUUGAUUUUGAUUCUCAAUCACUGUUAGAACCGCAGUGACUUCGACGGUCUCAGACGCGGGCCGCUUCAUCACCGAGCAUACCCUAUCGAAUAUACCUAAUUUCGUUAUUUCAGCUUCAGCUAUCGUGACAUUGCGCUUUCUUGCAUUAAGGACUAUCUAGCAUAGAUACGGACAACGCAUACGACUACACCAUGCUAUAUACCACGC